AUGACAGCUACGAAAAGCGACAUCGCCCCUGGAAGACGAGACAUAGAAGAGAAUAGCUGUAAAUCUGAGAAAAAAAACAUUCGUGCAGCAAUACAGAGUUAUAGUGCAAGUCAGAUUGAAGAUUUCAUAUCACCUCUGCCUUUUAUAUUCAAUGCAAGGGCCACAUCGCCUUCCUGGACCACACGUCUCCCUGGGCCAUAUCCCUUGGCCCGCAUCGCCCUCCUUUACCACCUCUCCCUGGACCGCAUCUCCAUCCAAGACGGCCAAUUCUCCAUGGACCACCUCUCCCUUGUCCACCUCUCGCUCGGCCACCUCUCCGCCCUGGACCACAUCCCUCUGGCCACACUUCCCUGGCCAAAAUUCUUCCCCCCUGACCACACUUCCCUGGCCAAAGUCUCUCCCUCUGGGCCACACUUCCCUGGCCAAAGUCUCUCCCCCCGGACCACACUUCCCUGGCCAAAGUCUCUCCCCGCGGACCACACUUCCCUGGCCAAAAUCCCUCCCCGCGGACCACACUUCCCUGGCCAAAAUCCCUCCCCCCGGACCACACUUCCCUGGCCAAUGUCUCUCCCCGCGGACCACACUUCCCUGGCCAAAGUCUCUCCCUCUGGGCCACACUUCCCUGGCCAAAGUCUCUCCCCCCAGACCACACUUCCCUGGCCAAAGUCUCUCCCUCUGGGCCACACUUCCCUGGCCAAAGUCUCUUCCCCCGGACCACACUUCCCUGGCCAAAGUCUCUCCCUCUGGGCCACACUUCCCUGGCCAAAGUCUCUCCCCGCGGACCACACUUCCCUGGCCAAAGUCUCUCCCCCCGGACCACACUUCCCUGGCCAAAGUCUCUCCCUCUGGGCCACACUUCCCUGGCCAAAGUCUAUCCCCGCGGACCACACUUCCCUGGCCAAAGUCUCUCCCCCCGGACCACACUUCCCUGGCCAAAGUCUCUCCCUCUGGGCCACACUCCCCUGGCCAAAGUCUCUCCCUCUGGGCCACACUUCCCUGGCCAAAGUCUCUCCCUCUGGGCCACACUUCCCUGGCCAAAGUCUCUCCCUCUGGGCCACACUUCCCUGGCCAAAGUCUCUCCCUCUGGGCCACACUUCAAUGGCCAAAGUCUCUCCCCCCAGACCACACUUCCCUGGCCAAAGUCUCUCCCUCUGGGCCACACUUCCCUGGCCAAAGUCUCUCCCCCCGGACCACACUUCCCUGGCCAAAGUCUCUCCCUCUGGGCCACACUUCCCUGGCCAAAGUCUCUCCCCCCGGACCACACUUCCCUGGCCAAAGUCUCUCCCCCCAGACCACACUUCCCUGGCCAAAGUCUCUCCCCCCAGACCACACUUCCCUGGCCAAAGUCUCUCCCUCUGGGCCACACUUCCCUGGCCAAAGUCUCUCCCCCCAGACCACACUUCCCUGGCCAAAGUCUCUCCCUCUGGGCCACACUUCCCUGGCCAAAGUCUCUCCCUCUGGGCCACACUUCCCUGGCCAAAGUCUCUCCCUCUGGGUCACACUUCCCUGGCCAAAGUCUCUCCCCCUGGACCACACUUCCCUGGCCAAAGUCUCUCCCUCUGGGCCACACUUCCCUGGCCAAAGUCUCUCCCCCCGGACCACACUUCCCUGGCCAAAGUCUCUCCCUCUGGGCCACACUUCCCUGGCCAAAGUCUCUCCCUCUGGGCCACACUUCCCUGGCCAAAAUCUCUCCCCCCAGACCACACUUCCCUGGCCAAAGUCUCUCCCUCUGGGCCACACUUCCCUGGCCAAAGUCUCUCCCCCCGGACCACACUUCCCUGGCCAAAGUCUCUCCCUCUGGGCCACACUUCCCUGGCCAAAAUCUCUCCCUCUGGGCCACACUUCCCUGGCCAAAGUCUCUCCCUCUGGGUCACACUUCCCUGGCCAAAGUCUCUCCCCCCGGACCACACUUCCCUGGCCAAAGUCUCUCCCUCUGGGCCACACUUCCCUGGCCAAAAUCUCUCCCUCUGGGCCACACUUCCCUGGCCAAAGUCUCUCCCUCUGGGCCACACUUCCCUGGCCAAAAUCUGUCCCCUGGACCACACUUCCCUGGCCAAAGUCUCUCCCUCUAGGCCACACUGCCCUGGCCAAAGUCUCUCCCUCUGGGCCACACUUCCCUGGCCAAAGUCUCUCCCUCUGGGCCACACUUCCCUGGCCACCCCACCCUGGCAUCUCCACUUCGGCCCAAGGUUUAACCAUUUCCAAAACCUACAGCGAUUGCGGAAUAUUGUCCCUGGCUUUAGGAUAUGA